AUGUCGGCUGGAAUGGGCAGUUCGGUGAUCCUAGUCAGCAUUUUAUUUGCAGCACAAGCGCUGUGUGCUCCGCUGAGCGCCUCCGGGCCGCACGUGGCCAGCGGCUGGGGGCAGGUGGUCCGGCUCCGACACCUGUACUCCAGCAGGCAGGGGGUGAACCUGCAGAUCAACGGGGAUGGCACGGUGAACGGCUCGAGCGUGCAAAGUCUCCACAGUUUGCUGGAAAUUAAAUCUUUUGACUGGGGCUUGGUUGCUAUCAAAGGACUGGCAAGUUCUUACUAUCUCUGCAUGGAGGAAAGUGGAAGAUUGUAUGGAUCGCGCACCUAUACUAGAGAAGACUGCUCCUUCCGAGAAUGUAUCAUGCCCGAUGGCUACAGCAUCUAUGUCUUAGCCAGAAAUGGGGUAGGAGUGAGGCUCAGGAGGGGCAGGCAGAGAACCCAAGUAAGGGACAAAGGAGUGACUCUGCCAUCCCAGUUCUUACCAAUGGCAAACAGCCUCUCUCUGGAGCCAGUGAGUGCUCACCUAAAGGACCCUGGACCUGGAGACCCAGAAGACAAACCUGAAUCACCCCUUGAACCUGACAGCAUGGACCCCUUUGGCAAAAUGUCACAAGUUUUCAUGCAGAGUCCCAGUUUUAACAAAAGAUAAAGCUGGACCAAAUGGAGAAAGUAAAGACCAAAUGAAAAAAAGACUCUUAUACUGCAAUUAGUCCACUUUACAGUUAAUGAUAUGAGCUAUAAAAUAUUACACCUAUUACUGAGAAGUGACUGAUUACUGUACUUCUAACAUAA